GGGACUAUUUUGGCUGUAAGCCCCGCCCCCAGCGUCCGGGAUUCGCCUGAAGCAGGCCGGUCCGGCGUGGUGCUCGUUACCAUGGUGAUCGCGGACUAGGCAGCGCCAGGAGCUGUGUCAGCGGCCGCAGGGACUCCCUAACCCUCUUUUCCCCCUGUUGGGGGCACAGGAUUCCUGGAAGGAUGAGGCCCUCCCUGACACCUUUGGGGCCCUCUGUGAGCCGGGACCGUGUCAUCACCAGCUUCCCUAAGUGGUACACGCCCGCCGCCUGCCUGCAGCUCCGGGAGCACUUCCACGGGCAGGUCAGCGCCGCCUGCCAGCGCGGGAACACAGGGACCGUAGGGCUCAGACUCUCCAAGGUGGUGGUGGUCGGCGAUCUCUACGUGGGCAAGACCUGCCUCAUCCACAGGUUCUGCAAGAAUGUCUUCAACCAUGACUACAAGGCCACCAUUGGGGUGGACUUUGAGAUCGAGCGCUUUGAGGUCGCUGGGACCCCCUUCAGCCUCCAGAUCUGGGACACGGCAGGGCAGGAGAAGUUCAAGUGCAUCGCAUCCGCCUACUACCGGGGUGCCCAGGUGAUCAUCACAGCCUUUGACCUCACCGACGUGCAGACCCUGGAGCACGCCAGGCAGUGGCUGGAGGACGCGCUGAGGGAGAACGAGCCGGGCGCCUGCUUUCUGUUCCUCGUGGGCACCAAGAAGGACCUGCUGUCAGGGGCCGCGUGCGAGCAGGCGGAGGCAGAGGCCGUGCGCCUGGCCAACGAGAUGCAGGCUGAAUACUGGUCCGUGUCAGCCAAGACCGACAUAGGAUGCACUGAGGAAAAACGAGCGAACGCACAGAAGCAAAGAACAGACUCUGCAAACAGGUUGUUGGGAUGGAAUGAAACAACUCGCAAUGCCUGGCGCACCGCAGGUGCCAAGGCUGUGGGGACUCAGGGAUUAUACCUCGGAGUCCUUACCCCAGGAGAGGGGCCACUGUGGACGCUGCCCGGGGUGCAGGUGGAAGCACCACCUCCUCCGGCUCGGCACAAAGUGGUGGCCGUGCCCAGUUCUCUCUGCCCCUUCCUGAGGGCACCCCCAAGUCUGUGAGAACCCACCUUCUUAUUGGAAUAACAGCCCAUUCCCAGAGAGCUCCUUAUGGAGCAAGCAGGUCCUCCUUGUGCGGUUGUAUAGGUUGUUAACUGCACAAAUGCAGUGUGCGUGUCGGGGGCUGCACCUGGCCCUGUGCCCCAAUGGGUGGCCUUGUCCUCCUGGAGGAGGAGGCA